AUGGCGAAAUCUGAGACCGUGGAGAAAGUAUGGAUUGCACCGGGUAAUGGAGCCGACUUCGAGAAGCCAGAUAUCGAUACAACAAAUGCAGACGAUGUGGUAGAAUUCUGUCAACGAGAAAAUGUGUCGCUUAUAGUGGUAGGACCAGAGGGGCCUCUAGCAGAGGGUUUCGUUGACCAUAUUCACGACCGAGUACCCGUUUUCGGGCCAACACGUGCUGGAGCUCAGUUGGAGGCUUCCAAAGUGUUUUCGAAGAUGUUUAUGAAGAAAUAUGGGUUACCAACCGCGGAAUUCGAGUAUUUCUCCGAUAUUGCCGAUGCUGAAGCCUUCAUAGAAAAGUGA